UUCGCGCCUCCUACCAGCGCCGCGGGAGCUUCUUCGGCAUGCGUGUCACGGCGCGGCGCGCCGGCGUCUUCGGAACGGUGGACUCCCGGCCUCCCAAGUCGCUGGCGGACGCGGCGCGCGCGCUCUGUGGCUGCUCCCACGACAAGGGCAUCGCUUCCGGGAACAGGCUGAUGGGCGCCCACCUGAGGGCCGGCAGGCCGGGCGCUGCUCGAGAGGUGUUCGACGGAAUGCCGCGGCGCGACGUGGUGUCCUGGAACUCCCUCAUGGCCGCGCACGCGCGGGAGGGCGCGCACCAGGAGGCUGCAUACGCCUUCCUGGAGUUGAGGCGUCGCGGGCUCCGGCCGGACCACACCUCCUUCUCCACCGUGCUGUCCGCCGUCGCGCGGCUGGAGGCUCUGGAGCUGGGGCGAUGCGUCCAUGGCCUCGCGCUCAAGUCCUGCUCCACGGGUAAUGUGUUCGUGGGCGCCUCUCUCGUCACCCUGUACGCCAACUGUGGGGUUUUCGGUUGCCUGCAGCGAGUCUUUGAUGACGUCGACACGCCAAAUGUGGCCUUGUGGAAUGCUCUUCUAUCAGGCCUCGUGAUGAACCAUCGGGUAGCAGACGCCCGCAGGGUUUUCGAUGAGAUGCCCGGUCGCAAUGUCGUGUCCUGGACGGCCAUGGUAAAGGGCUAUGUUACGGUGCACGAGGUGGAGCUGGCGUUGGAGCUGUUUGACUCGAUGCCCGUGAAGAAUUCUGUGUCGUGGUGUGUCAUGAUAGGAGGGCUUGUCCACCAUCAGCGAUUCAGAGAGGCAGUUGAACUGUUCAGAAGAUUGAUGCGGAAUGGGGAGGAAAUGACAAAUGCAGUUCUAGUUAAGGUUGUGAAUGCGUAUGCUGGUCUGAAAAGUAUCGGAGGAGGUAGAUGCAUUCAUGGGUUUUCUGUGAAGUGUGGAUUUGUUCUUGACCUGAUUAUCGAGGCAUCAUUAGUUGCGAUGUACUGUAACUCCUUGGACAUGGAUGAAGCACAAUUGGAGUUUGAUAAAAUGGACAGAAAGCAUGUCGGUUCAUGGAAUGCCAUCAUAUGUGGCUAUAUUUAUGCAGACAAGAUUGAUGAGGCUAGAGAACUUUUUGAUUCCAUGACUGAAAGAGAUAAGGUCUCGUGGAACUCGAUGAUUAAUGGCUAUAUCAGAGAUGGAAGAAUUACUGAUGCUACUGAGUUAUACUCAAGGAUGCCUGAGAAGAACGUGGAAGCAGCUACUGCUUUGAUGUCAUGGUUUGUAGACAACGGAAUGCUAGAUAAAGCACGGGAUAUGUUUUAUAGUAUGCCCCAAACAGAUGUAAUGUCUUGCACAUCUUUACUCUUUGGAUACAUGAAAGAAGGAUAUCUGGAUGAUGCACUGGACCUUUUCCAUAGGAUGAACAAAAGGACUGUUGUCACUUAUAAUGUGAUGAUAGCUGGUUUUCUUCAUCAAGGCGAGGCUACUGAAGCUUACAGGCUCUUCAAUGAAUCACCUUCUCGUGAUUCAGUAACUUGGAGCUGUUUAAUUACUGGGCUCGCUCAAAAUGGUUUAACUGAUGAUGCAAUUGGGAUGUACAAGAAAAUGCUAUUAACAUAUGUGCGCCCAAGCGAGUCAGUUGUUUCUAGCCUCAUAAGCUGUUUUGCACACUAUUCUAUGAUUGUUCAUGGUCAGCAGUUUCAUGCCGCAACUAUCAAGCUUGGACUCGAGUUAUGUUUACCAAUUCAGAAUUCACUCAUUAGCCUAUAUUGCAAAUGUGGCGAAAUGGUUACAGCCCAAAAUAUUUUUGAUCAGAUGAUUAAGAGAGAUGUGGUUACAUGGAAUACAAUAAUUCAUGGAUUUGCAUUCAGUAGCCUUGGUGAAAAUGCUAUUGAAAUGUUCGAGAAUAUGAAGAGGGCACAAGUUGAUCCCAAUGAUAUCACAUUUCUUGGUGUACUGUCUGCAUGUAACCACAUGAGUCUUUUAGAGGAAGCAAGACAUUUCUUUGACACGAUGACGCGCGAUCAUGGAAUUGUGCCUAAUAUAACGCACUAUGCUUGCAUGGUUGAUCUAUUUUGUAGGAGAGGCAUGGUUGAGGAGGCCGAAGGGUUAGUUAAGUCAAUGCCAUUUGAACCUGAUUCAGCAAUAUGGACCUCUCUCUUGAGUAGCUGCAGAUUGAGUGGCAAUGAUAAGUUGGCAGAGCAUGCAGCAAGUCAGUUAAUCGCCAUAAAUCCUUCUGCUAAAAUGCCUUAUCUGCACCUCAUCAGUGUACAUGGAUCAACAAAUAGAUGGGGCGUCAUUGAUAGUCUAAGAAGUCAAAUUAGGAGAACUGCCACUGAGAAAGAAGUUGGUUAUAGCUGGAUUUAGUGUCCCAGCAUGAUUCACUGCUGUUGUAUUUUUCCAACGGUGGGUCAGUCUGGUACCAAAACACUAUGCUGUAUACAGUGAGGCACAGCUGGUAUAUACGACAAUAUCCACGGUGCAGCCUGUGAUCAUUUAUAUGGACAUUUUCCACCAAACAGAACGUCUGAAAGUUCAGGACAGACUCUUGGUGGAUAGGUGAACCUGGAAGCAUGAAACACAUCUGUCAGGAAUACGGCGCAAAUUUUGCCAAAGCAGAAACCUUUCAACCAGCUUAAUAAGAGUUUGGUCAGCAGAGGGUGGAAGGCGUGGUGCAGGCCAAGACAUGUUCAGUUCCAUCCCUGCAUUUCCGAGCAGCGGUGCCUGUGGGAUGUAACCGAGUCUGCAAAAAAUACCCAGCCAAUCUGUGUGGCAUCCACUGAAUGGCCUCUGCCCUCCACACCGGCAACACUGUUCAGCAGCAAGGAUCAUGAUGACUGUCCGGCUGAGCACAGGGAAUGCGACGGUCACCGUCGCAAGCUACAUGGCAGGGCGCAGCUUUAAGGCUCGGGCGAAGCAAAGCUUCACCAGGGAAGUCCAUGCCGCAGCGCUCACCGGAGAAGAUCUUCGCCUGAUGGAAGACCCUGGACCUUUUUUUUUCUUUGCGGGAAGCUGGCUCUCAACCUUUUGGUACUCUUCUUUUAGCUGCUCUUUGUACUAGGCUGGGCAGGCCAAGCCCAGUUUAUAUUUGCUCGACCUAAAAAAAAAAGAAAUUGUCGGUGACAGCCUUUUCUUGUUUAAUUCACUUGUUUAUUUACUACGUUGACAACUUGGUGAGUCUGAGAUGUCAGUA